UGAAUUAUGCAAAACACCAACAGAAGCUAUUACAACUGUAUAUCAACAAAUUUUCAAAUCGAAAACUAAUUUUUCUGGGCCAGAAAUAAUGGGAUACGAUACUUCUAAUAUUGUUCAAGAAUACCUUAAUAACCUUCUAUUUCGACUUGGUUUUGCUGGACAUGGAUUUAAGUCAGCAUUUAUUUACCCUUAUAACAAACAACGUAGUAUUUUUUUUCAAGAAAAUAAAGUUGGAUAUCUAAGACAAUUUACUGGUUAUCAGCUUUUUGGGCUCGAUUAUCA